AUGGGUCCCGAGGCGCCUCUCCCCCUCCCAGCCGAAUUCUCGGACGUGGACGAGUAUGUCGAGUCACUGCUGAAAUUUGCGACCACAUCGUGGAUGCUGCAGACCUUGUGUGGAGGGGUUCACAUUUUAGACUUCUACACGCGAUCCCCUGACCUGUACGCUACCAUACUGCCCGAGUCAUGGCGAAAAUGGUUUCGAGGGCGCGACAUCAUGGAUAUUCUGGACUUGCUCAUGCGGGAAGACCUUGGCCAGUUCAAUGACUCCAGCGAAGAGCAGACCUGGCGUGACGGGCCGGUGCCGCCAGAGGAGCUUUUGCUGUAUAUCAGAGAUGUGCGGAAACACCUGCUAGCAAGAGACUUCCCGCCCCCGGGAGCACCUGCAGCGCCUAAAAACGCCAGCAUUGCGCGCCAUAUAGCUAUGGGCAUGAAGGUCAAGAAAGUGCACGAAGUGGACAACUUUGCUCGCUUCAUUGACAGAUUGACUGCGGAAAUCAAAGAAUCUGGAAGGAAAGAGAUCACGCAUCUUGUCGACUUUGGAUCAGGACAGAAUUAUCUGGGACGAGCACUGGCUGCACCACCUUACUCCAAGCACCUUGUAGCCGUCGAGAGCAGACAACACAACAUUGAAGGUGCCAAAAAAAUGGACAUCAAAGCUAAACUCGUCGAGAAGCCGGUCACUUACGUGAACAAGAAGAAAUGGCGGGCAGAAAAUGAGCAAGACAAGAGGAGGAAGAAGAAUAUGUUAAAGGGUUUGAACGUUCACGCUGAUGAGUUGGUAUCUGCAAGCGAUGCGAAGAACGGUUCAGGCAGGGUGACCACCACAGCAGGUGAGGCCUCAACUGUCACUGUGCCAGAUGCUGGCUCUCAAACGGCAGUGACAAAUGCCUUCAAAUGCGACGAUGAUGGAUGCAACGUCGCGUCAGGCACUCAAUAUAAUGGGACGAGCGACAAUGCCUACACCAUCACGACCAAUUUGCAAGUCUACACAGAGGGCCAAGGCAGUGUGCAAUAUGUUGAGCACAUCAUCAAAGAUGGAGACCUGAAUCCAGUCAUCGAUCAGGUCCGCGACAGCACCUCUAUCCGACCAGAAACCUCUUCAUCGACGCCCACGGUUGUCGAAGAAACUACCAGCCUCUCAAAUAUUCCGAAGUCUACUGAGGUUAAUGCUAUGGUCAUGUCUCUUCAUUCGUGUGGCAAUCUCGUCCAUCACGGGCUUCGCUCGCUUCUUCUUAGCCCAGCUGUCUCCGCAGUGGCAAUGGUAGGAUGCUGCUAUAAUCUCGUGACGGAGCGCCUCGGACCUCCAACCUACAAGCUGCCAACCCUUCGGCCAAACCACCCACGUCUCGAGAAGACUGCGAAUGCUUUCGAUCCUCACGGCUUCCCUAUGUCCGAAAGACUUGCUUCUUAUCCACUGCCACACGCUCCGUUGCCCACUUCGAAUGGAGAGCCGGAAUCAGUCGAGCAGCCGAAAGGUAUCCGUCUCAACAUCACAUCCCGCAUGAUGGCCGUCCAGGCCCCUUUCAAUUGGGGUCGUGUCGACAGCGAGCUCUUCUUUUCAAGGCAUUACUACCGCGCACUCCUCCAACGCAUUUUUCUCGAACGCGGCGUUGUAUCCGCACCUGUGGACGGCGACGGCACUGUCGGCGGAUCAGCAUCUGGGCAUACCAGUAGAGUCGAGUGGACGCCGCCUAACGGGCGUGGACCAGGUCUCAGCUCCGACGGUACCUCCACCCCGCUCACCAUUGGCACUCUGCGCAAGUUCGCCUACAGUGAUUUUAAGUCCUAUGUUCGCGCUGCGAUCACGAAGCUGAUCAGCCCGAACUCUUUCUGCGAGGUCGACCCUGACUUCAUCAAGGGGAAGAUGGAUGGGUUGACGGAUGAGGAUAUCGAGGCCUACGAGGAGAGGUUCAGGGAGAAGAAGCAUGAAUUGAGUGUCAUGUGGAGCCUCAUGGCGUUCAGCGCAGGCGUGGUCGAAGCCGUUAUUGUCACCGAUCGAUGGUUGUGGUUGAAGGAGCAACCAGAAGUGGAGAGAGCGUGGGUCGAGCCGGUCUUCGAUUACGCGUUAAGCCCGAGGAAUCUGGUGGUUGUGGGUAUUAAAAAGCAAGCUUGA